CUCCACUCGAGGGUCAGUUUGUGGUUGCCAGUACUAACCAAACAGGCGUUGCAGGUUUUUCUUUUGUGGCUUUCUGCUCUUCCUUUUCGUGUUCUUUUGUUUUGCAUUUCAGCGUCAGCGAACAGAGAAUCGGCAUUUCUUUCUGGUCCAUAGAGAGAUAUCAUUGCAUGGCAUUUCGCCUCGUCUCACUUCCUACCUUUUGCCCCACUUGCUGCUGCGUUGUAUUAUUAUUAUGCAGCAGACCUAAAUCCGAAGACGUGACUGUUUACAUCGAAACGACAACCCGUCCGCACAGGCACCUAGCCGUACACGUCGACGGAGGACUCACGGAACUAUCGCUCGACCGAAUACAAGGCUUGGACGAAGAGGACAUACAGUAUGAGUGUUCGUGUUGUUGCGCGAAUCAGACCGCUCUUGAAGUCGGAACGAGAAUUGGAUGUCAUUAUUCGGACAGGCACCAACAACAAAGGGGAGAAGAAGAACACUGAAGACAGUAAAUCUCUGGCCACAUUGAGGGACCGUGAUACACUUGUGCGAAUUCCAAACCCGAAACAUGAACACGAGGAGUACUCUUUCCAGUUCAACGCAGUCUACGACGCGGAAGUUUCUCAGCAGGAGGUCUUCGACGCUGAAGUUGCUCCCACCGUGAAGCACCUUUUCAAUGGAUUCGACGUCACCUUGUUCGCAUACGGCGUUACGGGAACGGGGAAAACCCACACAAUGCGAGGCGGUAAAAGCCUUGCUGACAGGGGCGCAAUCCCCCGACUUCUCAGCACCAUCUACCGACGCGGACGGAAGAUCGAGAAGGACAGCGAUGGAGCUACAUCUGCGAAGGUUUCCUUGAGUUAUUAUGAAAUAUACAAUGACAAGGUCUACGAUUUGUUUGAACCCCCAGAGAAGAGGACGUUUGCAGGACUGCCCCUUCGGGACAACGGUGGGAAGACGGUCGUCGUGGGGUUGACAGAGAGAUCCUGUACGAGCUUGAAAGAGUUUGAGAGUCUUUACGAUCAAGCAAACACCAACAGGUCAACCUCUGCUACCAAGCUGAACGCUCAUUCUUCACGAUCUCAUGCCAUUCUUCGCGUUAAGCUUACAGUCACUACCGGCGACAAGACACGGAUUAGCACUGCUUCCGCUAUUGACCUUGCAGGCUCCGAGGACAACCGCCGAACGGAUAACGGGAAAGAGCGCAUGGUGGAAUCAGCCAGCAUUAACAAGAGUCUAUUCGUACUAGCACAGUGCGUCGAAGCAAUGACCAAAAAGCAACAGAGGAUCCCGUAUCGAGAGUCGAAGAUGACACGAAUUCUAUCGUUGGGCCAGAACCAAGGAUUAACGGUCAUGAUCCUCAACCUUGCCCCCGUUCGAUCUUAUCACUUGGAUACACUCAGCUCACUCAACUUCGCCAACCGGACAAAGAAGAUUGAGGUUCGCGAGGUUGAAAAUGAGCCAAUGUUCAAAGGUCCUCCUAGGCCAGCCAUGCGGCCUUCUGUGGCUGCCCAGCGGCAGCCUCUCCGGCCAUUGACGGCUUCAGUCAACGCAAAUCUACCAGCACCUGGCGCAACAGAUACGUCGAAACCUGCGGACAGCAAGCCUGUAAAAGCAUUCUCUGUAUUCUCCGAUAAGCCACAGCCGAGGAAUUCGACGCAAUUCAAGAAGCCUGAAAUCCCAAAACGGACAUCCUUGACCUUUAAUACUCCACGACCACAACCGUCGAAGAUCGGCCGUCCUUCCCAAACAGCAACACAACAGCAGACCAACCACGAAGAUAUCUCCGCUGCCAGAAUUGAGGAAAUGGUCCAGAAGAAGGUCGAGGAGAUCCUCGCUGUCAGAGCUGUUAGCGAACAAACAACACAGACACAAGUCCACGAACUUAAUGAGCAAGUCCAGAAGCGAUUGAAAUCUCUCGAGCAACGCAUUGAAGGCUCCGAGGAUGCAAGAGCUGAAGGAUUGUCAUACCUGCUAAUGGCAAAACAACACCAGGGCCGAGGGGAGGACCAUUCCGCUCUGAAAAUGUACCAGCUUGCAUUGCCGUUCUUUCCUAACAACGAGAAGCUGGCUAUGAAGAUUUCCCGUCUGGAAGAGCGUCUGCUUGGCUCGCUCGGUCAGGAGAACAUAUGUUCUGCUACUCCGGCCUCUCCGCCCGCAAAAAGGGGACUGGGAAGCACACUGCCAAUCAAAAAGCAGCCCCUGAGACCCCAAAUCAAGCGCGCAGCUGACGACUCCGAUAAUGACUACGAGGAGCCCGAGGCUAUAUCUGAAGAUCUCAGCGAAGAGGAAAUCCAGGAUACCUCUCGCGCUCUCCGCAGGAAGCGCACAAAGACCAUCAAGGCCGCAUCGAGUGACAAUGAGGACUCGGAUGUACCCGAAAAUGAUGAAGAGGCAACCUCACCGCGCACGAUCCAUCUGCUAUCUACCAUCAACUCCCGCGACGUCAACCAAAUCAAGUUGCUGAAGGGCGUUGGCGUCAAGAAAGCCGAGGCAAUUGUCGACUGUCUGUGCGAGAUGGACCAAGAAUUAGACGAAGGAGAAGAAACCCACGCACAAGUUAAGAACAUCUUGGAGCUGAGCAAGUUGAAGGGCGUCGGGGCACGAACAGUUCAAAGCAUGAGAACCGGUGUUUUGGUUUAGAAAUAGUAUUGUAUACUUUUGUGCAUUUGAAGCGGUCUUAUCAGAGACUUGUGAGCAUGAUUGCAUUGGUGCAUCGUGUAUAUGUAUACCCCUUUGUUUUUUCUUUUUCUUUUUUUUCUGGCAUACGUACUUGAUUUUCUAGAUAGCUCGAAAGCUUUCCCCUUCCGAUUUAGGGCUCACCCCUCGCCGUUUUUUGCUCACUGCGCAUACCUGAGCACGCCCUGAGCAGCCUGAGCUGAUCACUGAGUAGGGGCUGAGCAGAGAGGUGAGUAGCCUGACUAAGGUAGCCUCAAUAAAACGCACCACGCUAGGG